AUGGAGGCGGGCGAGCAGCGGCCGCGCGUGGCGGCGACGCUGCGGGCCCUCAACGAGGCGCUGGGCCGGCCGGCGGCGGCGCUCUGGGUGAAGGAGAGCGGCGCGCGGCAGCUCCGGCACCGCGACUUCCUGGCGCCGCGCGCCGCGCUGCGCGCCGCCUUCGGCGCGGGGCAGGUGCCCGCUGACGUCAUGGCUCGCGUGGCGGCGGUGUCGGGCCCGGCCGUGGUGCCGCUGGGCGGUUGCCAGGAGACGGCGGCGGGGCUGUCGCUGCGCGCGCGGCGCGCCGAGGCCUUCGCGCGGCUGCUCGCCCGCGUGCGCCUGGUGCCCGCCACGGGCGACGAGCAGAGCCGCGAGCUGCUGCGGCGCCUCCGCGUCGCCUGGCCCCACGGCCGCCCCGAGCUCGGUGAUGCCGUGGCGGCCCUGGCGCGGGCCCUGGCACGGUCACCGUAUUCCACGACCGGUGAGUGCGGCCCCGGCGCGGCCGCGCUGCCCCCCGGUGCCCUGGCGCGGCUGGAUCUGAAGAGCUUCGUGCAGCAGCAGCACCUCGAGGGCUACGACCCCAACCUGGGCGUCCUGCUCGUGACGGAGGAGAAGCUGCGGUGCCUGGCGGAGCUGCAGGAGGCCGUGCUGCAGUGCGCGGACAGCUGCUGCCACGUGGUGCACGUCGUUAGCUGCGACGAGGAGUUCCAGCAGCAGCAGAUGGAUCUGCUCUGGAGGAUUUUGGACCCGGGAGCGCACACGGCGCUGCAGAAACUGCUUGUCUGUGGACCAGUGAAGGUGACGAAGCCCUUGUCUCCCGUUGGAGCGGAGGAGUACUUGCAGCUCCGGAAGCGCCAGAUGCACGAGGCCUCUGUGAUGAAGUACGGGGAGCGCGCACAAGACGAGGCCUGGACUGAGGUCAUCGAUGUGCUGACAGCCGCUGCCAUCAGGUUUGAGAUGCUGAGCACUGCCCACCGGAGCCAGAUCGUCCUGGACCUGGAGGACAGCAGCAUCUCCACGAAGGGAACGAAGAGCGGCGCCUUCGUCAUGUACAACUGUGCCCGGCUGGCCACGCUCUUCGACACCUACCAGCGGGCCGUGGAGCGGGGGACGUACCCGUCGCUGCCACCCCCGUCAGAACUGAACUUCUCCUGCCUGCGGGAGGAGGGCGAGUGGCUGCUGCUCUUCAACUAUCUCCUGCCCUUCCCCGAAGUCUUGCAGCAGGCAGCAGAGCUGCCCCUGCCCAGCAAGGGGAUCCGGAUCACAGCCAGCACGGAGGCGGUGUGCAAGUUCCUGAUCCAGCUCAGCAUGGAUUUCAGCUCCUACUACAACCGUGUCCACAUCCUGGGGGAGCCCUUCCCUCACCUCUUUGAGCAGAUGUUUGCUCGCCUGCAGCUGCUGGCAGCCGUGAGGGACACGUUCCACAGCGCCCUGGCCACCCUGCACCUCCCGCCGCUCACGCAGAUCUGAGCUGCUGCGGGGCAGCUGCGGCACACGGGCCGCGAGGACGAGGACGGGGCCGGCCCUCCCGCACGGCUGGGGCUGCUGCCGCCCGCGCAGGGCAGUCGGGGCACACGGAGCUCCCGAGGAGCUUCCUGCCCACGACCUGGAGCAUUUGGCGCUGGGAGA